AUGGCUGACGCCUCAAUCUUCGAAGACACCUUCAACAUUACAUCUGUCGAUUCCGAGCGAUAUGACCGUGUCACCCGACUGAACGGUACCUCAACCGAUAAUACCGUUAGCAUAACUCUCGAUGUCAACCACGAACUGUUCCCCUGCCAUACAGGCGACACGAUCAAUCUGGUUUUGGCCAACACUCUGAAGCUUGAUGGCACUAAAGAAGAGGGACAAGGUUGGAGGGAUGUCGCCAAGGGCGAGUCUACCCUUGCGGAUAUGUUCGACUACGUGUGUCAUGGAAAAGUAUACAGGGUUUUGGACCAGGAAAAUGAAGGCAACGACAUCAAGGUGUACCUUUCCUUCGGAGGCCUGCUGCUCGUCAUGCAGGGCCCCUACAAGAAGCUGACCGGUCUCAAAAUUGAACACCUCUACCUUCUUGUGAAGAAAUAG